AACAAAGGUAUACGGAUAUUGAAGUAAACUGUAAAAAGCAUAGCGCGUCAAGAAUUCACUAAUUAAGCAGUGUUUUACUCAGUUACUUUUUCUCUACGUUAAAAUUACUUUCUUUUAUAUUAUCACCACGUUAAUUGUAUAAGAAUAUCGUUCGUACUUGUAAAGAGACGAAGAUAAGAGAAACCUAGAUCGUAGUGACGCAGAUCUCACAUUUAAAAGUUUCGUGAGACUCUACGUAGUUUAUUUAGUGGCAUGGUUUACUGCUAAGUGCUCAACAUUAAUUUUUUUUUACAUCAUUCGAAACGUGUCUCCAGCAAACAGGCACCGCACAUAUGUCGAGCUCACGCACCAUUCCGAAGAACAAAAAAAGCUUCCACUCGACAGUAGCUCCGUUAGCGUUGGCAGACUCGGAGGGAUAGUGGAAUUGAAAUUUUUUACAACGACCCCUACUGUCGGCACAUUGGUUCAGCUAUUAUGCGUGUCACGGCCACAUAACAUUAUUCUGAUGAUCGCAUCAUCUCAAUUCUUGAUCGCGCAUACCCUCGGAAAAUGAUCCAAUAGUUUGGCACCAAGAGUAAAAAUAUCAGGUAACAAACGUGAAGACUGGUGAGGAUUCUUCUGGUGGUGCUCAGCAGCAAAUUAUUGGAAGCUUGUGCGAUGAUCCUAGAAGAUUGAAGAGUGGGGCUGAGUUAUCUUGUCCCUCGGCUGAGAAGAUAGGACAAGAAAGAAGCGGGAAGAGACUUGGUGACCGGAAGUGAUUGGAAGUACCAUGAUGGCCCAGCAUUACAGUAUCACGGUCAUUGCGUUGGUCGUCGUACUCCAUCUCGAGCAAGGAGUGGAAUCGAGGAUGGAAUCUCAAUUUGAAAAGUGUUGCGGCCUGGGUUCUUCAUGGGCUUUACAAGAAUUACGAUGCGAAUCCUUCGUGGGACCUGUUACCGGGGUUCCUCAAGUUGAACAAGGUCUCUGCCUUGAGGCUGUUGAUAUAUGCUGUGUCAGGGCUUAUCGAGAGAAGCAAUGUCAGUUGGGCAAGAGUAACGCACGAGCUGGAAAAGCAUGCCGUACCGAUUCCAAGAACGUUAGUGAUUAUCAACGUGACUGUUGCGAAGGCUGCAAGCUGGGCAUCCUAACCGGGUCAAUGGGUCAGGGUUGUACCUUCAAGAAAUUUAGUUUUGGAAAACCAUGGGAUCCUGCAUUUUUAGAAUGUUGUUAUGAAGCUGCACCGAGUACUACUAUUGACUCAACCAACGGUACUACUACUGUGUAUACUAGUAGUACCAGUGGCACAUCUUCUGUUACCAGCAGAAGUACCUCUGCUACUACCGAUUCCUUGUCAACGUCCACAACGCCGUUAAUGAUUCCGCCACCUCCAUUUGACGAUAUUUGUCAACUUAUGAAAGGCAUGCUCUGCUCGGACAUUUGCAUUCCGACAGUGGGAUCCUUCACCUGUGCAUGUCGAGAGGGUUUCACUUUGUUGGAAGAUGGAAAAACCUGCAGGCAAGAUAUCCCAGUUGACAGAUGUAAGACGGAUAAUCCUUGUGAACAAAAGUGUACGGAUACUGGUGAUACAGUGAUCUGUAGCUGUGAGCCAGGGUACGUUUUAGCAAUGGAUAAACAUUCCUGCGAUUUGGAAACCACUACUACUAAUGCCGUAGAAGCUGAGAAUAAUCUGUCGCCCCUCUGUCCAUUUGGAUAUCAGUAUAACGCAGUGUCACAAGUCUGCGACGACAUCGAUGAGUGUCAAAAGAAUGUAUGCCCUGGCCGCUGCGAGAACACUAUAGGAUCAUUUGUUUGCUUGACUGGAUCAUCAACAGAGAAGCUGCAACAUGAAGUUUGUCCUCCUGGUUAUCGUUAUGAAUCAGCGAUACAGCGGUGCGCCGAUAUCGACGAAUGCACCGAAUUACCAGAUGCUUGUAACAAAGAGACACAGUUGUGCGUUAAUAUCCAGGGUAAUUUUACUUGUCACGAUCUGACAAGCGGCAAAUCCUGUCCUGCUGGUUUCAAAUUUGACGCUAUCACCAAAACUUGCAAAGACGUGGACGAAUGUACUGAAGGCAUUCAUGGCUGCUUACCCGAAAUAGAGGCUUGUAGAAAUAUAGAUGGAGCUUACGAAUGUGACAUAAAAUGUCAGGGUGGAUUCAUCUUCAGCGUCAACCUUGGUGCCUGCAUUGAUGUUGACGAAUGCGCUGUCAAUGCAACCGAACUAUGCCCUGGAUCAGAGUGCAUCAAUACCGUCGGAGGAUAUGAAUGUUCUAAGCAAGAACGGCCAAGUACCAAAUCUCAAUGUCCUGCAGGCUAUAAACCUACGACGAAUCCUACAGAACCUUGUACAGACGUUAACGAAUGCAACGAACAGUUACAUUCUUGCGAUUCUACUGAACGUUGUGUCAAUGAAAUUGGCAGCUAUAGGUGUGAUCCGUUAUACUUUCGUGUUGAAAAUGAAUUUGACAAUCUUUCGGACACAUAUAAUUCUCAUUAUAAAGGUACAAUGGAAAUUGAGCCUACUACUAGUAAUGAGGAGGAUCAAAAUGUUUCCGCUGUGAGGCCUAUGUGUCUUCCGGGCUACACGUACAACUACAGUACUGAACGAUGCGAUGAUAUUGACGAAUGCCAGACCAUCAAUAAUAAUUGCACUGGUCAGUAUAUGCAGUGUACAAAUAUACCCGGAACUUUUCAUUGUGACUGUCGAAAUGGAUUUGAAUUGAAUCUAUCAACAUUAAAAUGUCAAGACAUAGAUGAGUGUGCACGCGGGUUAAUGACAUGCAGCGCUGGGGAGCGAUGUGUCAAUUCUAUUGGAGCUCAUCAAUGUUCUCCAGCAUGUCCGCCAGGAUUACAACCUGACCCUUUGGACGAGACUAUUUGCCGGGACAUCGACGAGUGCAAACUUGGUAUUCAUUCCUGUCCCGCCCAAACCCACGUUUGUGUCAACACAAAUGGUUCAUACGUCUGCGACGUCGUGACGCCUUGUCGCAAUGGUUACAUUAGAGAUAAAGUAUCUGGGGAAUGCGUCGACAUUGAUGAAUGUCAAGAUGGACCAGGAUGUCGGGAACAUGAACAUUGUCAGAACCUUCCGGGAAGUUAUGACUGUUCCCCUUUGUGUGGACCAGGAUGGCUUUUCAAUACGCGCACGAAGAGUUGUCAGGACGUUGACGAAUGUCUCUUGGGCCAGCAUAAUUGUCCACAAGGUACCCACACGUGUUCGAAUACGAAUGGUUCAUUCACUUGCGUUGCUAUACCACCCUGUGAGAAUGGAUUUCGAAGAGCUUUCGAUGGAAGCUGUCAAGAUGUCGACGAGUGCGUAGAAAAUGUUCACAACUGUCUGCUAGCGAACCAUCAGUACUGUGUAAAUCGAGAAGGUAGUUUCGAGUGCAUAACCAGACUACCAGCUUGCGACAAGGGUUACGAGUAUUCAUUAAGCUUACGACGGUGUGAAGAUAUCGAUGAAUGUACUUCAGGCAAAUUUAAAUGUGAUUCGCGGUUAGGAGAGCGAUGCAUUAAUUUACCAGGAAGUUACAAGUGUGAAAGACCGCAUAGGGUCUUUUCACAGCAACAACCGGCCUGUCCUACCGGAUAUAAAUACCAUACUGGACAGAGACAGUGUUUCGAUAUCGACGAAUGCAAAACAGAUGCACAUAUAUGUGGAUCUGAGGUGUGUUAUAAUCAACCUGGUGGAUAUUCCUGUGCAAAGGCUCCUGUACCAGCUGCCCGUAAACCCAACAACCGUUGCGCAGCUGGUACACGAUAUACAAGAAAUGGCUGUAUGGAUAUUGACGAAUGCAAGGAGAUUGAGGAUGCAUGUAGCAGUGAUGAAAAGUGCAUCAAUACUGUUGGUAGUUUCUACUGCAGUUGUAAAAUAGGUUUUCGUCGUGAUAAUUUGACGCAAGCCUGUGUUGACAUAAAUGAAUGUCAGCUACCGGAAAAUGAAUGCUUGCCCUCUCAACGAUGCGACAAUACUCUAGGUAGUUACACGUGUACACGAUUUUUACCAUGCGGCACCGGUUACACGUUAAACGUGGCUACUCAGAUAUGUGAGGAUGAUGAUGAAUGCAUUCUGGGUACUCACGAUUGCAGCGAAGGCUAUCAUUGUCGAAACACACUGGGAUCUUAUCGUUGCCAUCGCAAUACUCGGGUCUCGCAAAGUACUCCAGCGAGACCGUACGGUCCUUUUACGACAACAGCCACAACCACUAAAGAACCUGUCUUAUGGCGACCUCCUAGUGUUGCACCUAGGUCGCCAAUAACAUGUCCUUCAGGUUAUCAGAUUAGUUCAAGACAGUGUGUAGAUAUCGAUGAGUGCCAACAGGCUCAAAAUCUCUGCGGAGCAUUACGACGUUGUAUCAACACCGUUGGAUCUUAUCAUUGUGUCUCCAGGAUAAUUUGCGGCAAUGGUUACCAAGCCGAUUCCAGUGGUUUCCAUUGUGUUGAUAUUGACGAGUGCGCCGAUGGUUCCCAUGAUUGUGGACAAGGACAAACUUGCGAGAAUAGACAGGGUGGUUAUCUUUGCUCCUGUCCUCCAGGUCAUACUAUAGGUCCGAAUAAGGAUUGUGUAGAUAUUGAUGAGUGUAGUAUCUAUGGAGGAAGCAUCUGUAGCGCAAAUGGCCAGUGCGAGAAUACCAUUGGUUCUUACCGAUGUAAUUGCAAAGAAGGUUUUGAAAGCUACGGUGCCAAUAGCUGUCGAGACGUGGAUGAGUGCCGACAAACCCCAGGACUGUGUCAGCAUCUUUGUAUCAAUGUCUGGGGUAGCUACAAGUGCACUUGUAGAUCUGGUUUCAGACUCAAUUUGGAUAACAGAUCUUGUUCGGAUGUCGACGAAUGCACGGAAUUUAAACAAAACAACAUAUGUGCCGGAAUCUGUGAAAAUACUCCUGGUAGUUAUGCGUGCAAGUGUCCUAAUGGUUAUAGACUUGGUCAGGAUGAACGAUCGUGUCAAGAUAUUAAUGAGUGUGACGCAGGAAACGUAUGCAGGUCUCCGGCAGAGAUUUGUCAAAACAUUCGAGGCAGCUACCGUUGUAAUAAAAUAGUGUGUCCAUCUGGUUACUAUAGGGAUAAUGAAAGACAAAAUCGGUGCAUUCGACGGUCACACUACUGUCAAAGUGGAGAUGAAGUCUGCUUCAGGUUGCCAUCGCAUUAUUCUUACAACUUCCUUUCCUUUGUAAGCAUGAUGCCAAUUCCGCCAACUGGGCAGUUAGAGCUAUUUACAAUGCGUAGCAAUCACUUGCCAGGAUCAGUACUGCAAUUUAGUAUGACACUGGUAGAUGUCAGAGCGCCACCCGGAGUAGUACGGGCUACCGAGUCUUGUUUCAGGCUCCGAAAGCCCAGUCUCUCGCAGGUAAUUUUAGUUCUUACUCAGAGUGUACAAGGGCCUCAGGAGAUUGAGCUUGAUCUCAGUAUGGAGAUUUAUCAUAACACAAUAUUUGCUGGCAGUGCUGUUGCCAAACUACUUAUAGUCAUCUCGCAGUACGAGUUUUAAACUAGUGUGUAUUAUAUGGAGUAUGCCUCCGUGUAACAGUCUUUCUAAUAUUUGACUUUUUGUAUUAUACACGUCACAUAUGUACAUGUUCCACAAAUAGGUUGACGAAUUGAUAUAGUAUCUCAUCUUUUUUAAAAUGUACUUUUACACUGCAGGCAAUUACUUAAUGUUUUCCAAUAAGAUUAUAAUAAUAGUGCUAAUUAAAAUAAUGAUUACUAGAAUUGACAUUUACAAAUAGUCAAAAAACUUUUUAGGGCAUACUAGAUGCUCGCAUAAGUAUAACUAACUUAUAUGUAAGCAAUAAAUUUCAUAUACUUAUUUCAAU